AUGUCACGUCGCAAUCAGAUGCACUGCGAAAUCAACGUAGUUCUCAAUGCGGUGCUGCGGAGGAGGCUGAUGAGAUGGAUGUACUGGACGGACUGGGAGGAGGAUCCUAAGGAGAGCAAACGAGGCAAAAUUGAACGCGCUUGGAUGGACGGCUCCAAUAGAAACGUUUUCCUAACCAGCAAGACGGUGCUGUGGCCCAAUGGCCUGAGCUUGGACAUCCCACAGGGAAUCCUUUACUGGGUGGACGCCUACUACGACCGUAUCGAGAUGGUCUACCUCAACAGCUCUGAGCGCAAGACGGUGUACGAGGGCCAGGAGCUGAACCACGCCUUUGGUCUCUGCCAUUAUAAACACUUCUUGUUCUGGAACGAGUACCGAAGUGGCAGCAUUUUCAAGUUGGACACCACCACGGGCACUGCCACCCUGCUCCGCAACGAGAGACCGCCCAUUUUUGAAAUACGCAUGUACGAUGCUCAGCAGCAACAAGGUUCUAAUGCGUGUCGCGUGCACAAUGGAGGAUGCACCAGCCUGUGUUUGGCCAUACCGAGCGGCCGGCAGUGUGCUUGUGCAGAAGACCAAAUACUGGACCCCACUGACAACACCAGCUGCAAAGCCAACCCGUCCUACGUGCCACCUCCACAAUGCCAGUCGGGGGAGUUUGCCUGUAAAAAUAACCGCUGCAUCCAGGAGCGCUGGAAGUGCGACGGCGACAACGACUGCCUGGACAACAGCGACGAGGCUCCUGAGCUGUGCCACCAGCACACUUGCCCCACUGAAAGAUUCAAGUGUCAGAACAACCGCUGCAUCCCACUGCGAUGGUUGUGUGACGGCGACAACGACUGUGGCAACGAUGAGGACGAAUCCAACACCACCUGUUCGGCUCGCACGUGCCCACCUAAUCAGUACUCAUGUGCCAGCGGGCGCUGCAUCCCCAUUUCCUGGACAUGUGACCUGGAUGACGACUGUGGGGAUCGGUCUGAUGAGCCUGCCUCUUGUGCCUAUCCUACAUGUUUCCCCCUCACGCAGUUUACCUGCAACAAUGGACGCUGCAUCAACAUAAACUGGCGCUGUGAUAACGACAACGACUGCGGGGACAACAGCGACGAGGCGGGCUGUAGUCAUUCGUGCUCCAGCGCGCAGUUCAAGUGCAACAGCGGACGAUGCAUUCCAGAUUAUUGGACCUGUGAUGGGGAUAAUGACUGCGGGGACUACAGCGACGAGACCCACGCUAACUGCACUAAUCAGGCUACUCGUCCGCCAGGAGGUUGUCACACCGAUGAGUUUCAGUGUCGGAUGGACGGCCUUUGCAUCCCCCUGCGUUGGCGCUGUGAUGGCGACACCGACUGCAUGGACCUGAGUGACGAGAAGAACUGCGAGGGCGUUACGCACAUGUGUGAUCCGGCAGUCAAGUUCGGCUGCAAGGACUCUGCACGCUGCAUCAGCAAAGCCUGGAUGUGUGACGGAGAUAGCGACUGUGAAGACAAUUCGGACGAAGAAAACUGCGAGGCGCUGGUGUGUAAACUCUCCCACCACGUGUGCGCCAAUGACUCCACCAUCUGCCUGCCUGCAGAAAAACUUUGCGACGGCACCGACGACUGCCCAGAUGGCUCAGACGAGAAACUCUGCGACCUUUGCUCGCUGGACAAUGGCGACUGCAGCCAUAAUUGCACAGUGGCCCCAGGCGAGGGCGUGAUUUGUUCUUGCCCACUAGGUAUGGAGAUGGGAUCAGACAACAAAACCUGUCAGAUCCAGAGCUUCUGUGCAAAACACCUUAAGUGCAGUCAGCGCUGCAAGCAGGACAAGUUCAGUGUGAAGUGCUCGUGCUAUGAGGGCUGGGAACUGGAACCCGACAUGGAGAACUGCAAGAGCACGGAUCCUUUCAAACCCUUUAUUAUUUUCUCCAACCGCCAUGAAAUCCGCCGCAUUGAUCUCAAUAAGGGAGAGUUCAGCGUACUGGUACCAGGGCUAAGGAACACCAUCGCCUUGGACUUCCAUCUCAGCGAGAGCGCCCUCUAUUGGACCGACGUGGUAGAGGAUAAGAUCUAUCGGGGGAAGCUAUCAGAAAAUGGGGCUUUAACCAGUUUUGACGUGGUAAUCCAGUAUGGACUGGCAACCCCUGAAGGCCUGGCAGUGGACUGGAUAGCAGGAAACAUUUACUGGGUAGAAAGCAACCUGGACCAGAUCGAGGUAGCCAAGCUGGACGGCACCAUGAGGACCACACUAUUGGCUGGAGAGGUUGAGCAUCCUCGAGCCAUCGCUCUGGAUCCCCGUGACGGAAUCCUUUUCUGGACCGACUGGGAUGCCAGCUUGCCAAGGAUUGAAGCUGCAUCCAUGAGUGGCGAAGGCAGGAAGACUAUCCACAAAGAAACCGGCAAUGGAGGCUGGCCAAAUGGACUUACUGUUGACUAUCUCGAGAGACGCAUCCUUUGGAUUGACGCCAGGUCUGAUGCCAUUUACUCUGCCAAAUAUGAUGGUUCUGGACUGAUUGAAGUUCUGAGGGGCCACGAGUAUUUGUCCCAUCCUUUUGCUGUCACUAUGUACGGUGGGGAGGUUUACUGGACAGACUGGAGGACCAACACCUUGGCCAAGGCCAACAAGUGGACUGGGAGCAAUGUCACUGUCGUCCAGAGAACAAACACGCAACCUUUUGACCUGCAGGUCUACCAUCCGUCAAGACAGCCUGAAGCGCCUAACCCGUGUGCAGCCAAAGAUGGCAAGGAUCCAUGCUCUCAUCUUUGCCUCAUCAACUACAAUCAGACGUUCUCGUGUGGCUGUCCCCACCUGAUGAAGCUCGGGCCUGACAUGCGUACAUGCUAUGAGUCUCGUGAGUUCCUGCUCUACGCUCGCCAAAUUGAGAUCAGAGGAGUGGACAUAGACAACCCCUACUACAACUACAUCAUCUCCUUCACCGUGCCAGACAUCGACAAUGUGACUGUGGUGGACUAUGACGCUAUGGAGCAUCGCAUCUAUUGGUCAGACGUGCGCACUCAGACCAUCAAGAGGGCUUUCAUCAACGGCACUGGGGUUGAGACUGUGAUAUCUGCUGAUCUGCCCAACGCUCAUGGUCUUGCGGUUGACUGGGUUUCCAGGAAUCUCUUCUGGACCAGCUAUGACGCCAAUAAGAAACAAAUUAAUGUUGCGAGACUGGAUGGCUCGUUCAAAAACGCUGUGGUCCAAGGCCUGGAUAAACCCCACUGCCUGGUUCUGCAUCCCAUUUUGGGGAAGCUCUACUGGACAGAUGGGGACAACAUCAGCAUAGCCAACACUGACGGCAGCAACCAAAGUGUUCUUUUUACCAACCAGAAUGUCCCUGUUGGGCUCUCCAUUGACUUUGACACAGAGCAGCUUUACUGGAUCAGCUCAGGUAAUAGCACCAUCAGUCGCUGCAAGCUGGAUGGAUCUGGACUUGAAGUCCUCGAAGGGGUUAAGGGCAAGUUGACCAAGGCUACGGCUCUGGCUAUCAUGGGGGAUAAGCUGUGGUGGGCCGACCAGGGAACUGACCAGAUAGGAACGUGUGACAAGAAGGACGGUGGAAACUGGAAAGUCUUGAGGAAUAGCACAUCCCCAAUGAUGCACAUGAAAAUCUACAAUGAAACUGUGCAGAAAGGCACCAAUCUCUGUAGUAAUAAGAAUGGUGACUGUUCCCAGCUGUGUCUCCCCACCUCCCCGACCACCAGAGCUUGCAUGUGCACUGCAGGAUACAGCCUGCGCAGAGGCCAGCAGUCUUGCGAGGGUGUUGGCUCUUUCCUGCUCUAUUCUGUACAUGAGGGGAUACGUGGUAUUCCUUUGGACCCAUUGGACAAGUCUGACGUCCUGGUACCAGUGUCAGGCACUUCUCUGGCUGUGGGAAUAGAUUUCCAUGCUGACAACGACACUAUCUACUGGGUGGACAUGGGCCUGAGCACAAUCAGCAGGGCCAAGCGAGACCAGACGUGGAGAGAGGACGUGGUCACUAAUGGCAUCGGCAGGGUUGAAGGAAUCGCUGUUGACUGGAUAGCAGGAAACAUCUACUGGACAGACCAAGGCUUCGAUGUGAUUGAGGUGGCCCGCCUGAACGGCUCUUUCCGCUACGUGGUUAUCUCCCAGGGCUUGGACAAGCCUCGCGGAAUCACUGUCCACCCUGAGAAAGGCUACUUGUUCUGGACAGAGUGGGGUCAGUACCCUCGUAUUGAACGCUCCCGACUGGACGGCUCGCAAAGGGCUGUUCUGGUGAAUUCCAGUAUUAGCUGGCCCAAUGGUAUCUCCAUUGACUACGAGGAUGGUAUGCUGUACUGGUGCGACGCCAGUACUGACAAAAUCGAGCGCAUCAAUCUGGAGACGGGAGAGAACAGGGAAGUGGUACUGUCCAACCAGAACAUGGACAUGUUCUCUGUGUCCGUGUUUGAGGACUAUAUCUACUGGAGUGACCGAACUCAUGCCAAGGGCUCCAUAAAGAGAGGCAGUAAAGACAACGCCAAAGACUCGGUGUCUCUGAGGACCGAGAUUGGGGUGCAACUCAAGGAUAUUAAGGUCUUCAACAGGGCCAGGCAGCAAGGAACAAACGUGUGCAAAGGCAACAACGGCGGGUGCCAGCAGCUUUGUCUUUACCGCGGCAACGCACAGCGCACGUGCGCCUGUGCCCACGGCAUGCUGGCUGAAGACGGAAGCAGCUGCCGCGACUACGACGGCUUCCUGCUCUACUCGGAGCGCACCAUACUAAAGAGUGUUCACCUGUCGGACGAAAACAACCUAAAUGCGCCCAUCAAGCCGUUUGAGGACGCUGAGCACAUGAAGAACGUCAUCGCGCUGACUUUUGAUUACCGCGGAGGCGGGGGGAAGGGAGCCAACCGGAUCUUUUUCAGUGACAUCCACUUUGGCAACAUCCAGCAGAUCUCUGAUGAUGGGUCUGACCGCAAGACUGUGGUCGAGAAGGUGGGUUCCGUAGAGGGUCUGGCAUACCACAGGGGCUGGGAUAUGUUGUACUGGACCAGCUACACCACCUCCACCAUCACCCGCCACACUGUGGAUCAGAGCCGCUGGGGCGCUGUUGACCGUCACAACGUGGUCUCCAUGUCAGGAGACGACCACCCCAGAGCCUUUGUCCUCGACGAGUGCCAGAGCCUUAUGUUCUGGACCAACUGGAACGAACAGUCUCCCAGUAUCAUGCGGGCCACACUCACUGGGUCCAAUGUGCUGGUCAUCAUUGGGACCGAUAUCCGAACCCCCAAUGGUUUGGCUAUCGACCGCCGUGCUGAAAAGCUUUACUUCUCCGACGCCACCUUGGACAAGAUAGAGCGCUGCGAGUAUGACGGCAGUCGGCGCUAUGUGUUGCUGAAGAAUGAACCUCUGCACCCGUUUGGUCUGGCCGUGUAUGAAGACUACAUCUUCUGGACAGACUGGGUGAGGAGGGCUGUGCUCCGCGCCGACAAAUACACCGGAGGAGACAUGAAGGUCCUGCGUGCUGAUAUCCCCCAGCAGCCCAUGGGAAUAGUCGCCGUGGCCAACGAUACUAACAGCUGUAAGUUUUUUUUCCCCACCCCUGUAUUUGCGCAAUGGCUGUUUAGUGACAACAUGACAGGAUGUCAGAACAGUUGUUGUCCGUCUCAGUCAUCUAACAUCAUCCAAAACCAAUCUCCCUUAGGCAUCCAGGUUGUAAAGUUAACCCCUAGUGUAGUUGUUCACGUAGCUGACUUUCAUGCAGCUUGA